AUGCCUCAUUCAAUUGAUACAGAAGACUUACUGGUAUGGACCUGCACUGCUGAUGGGAUACUUUCUACAAAAGUAGACUAUGACUUCAUAAUGAAACCUAUUGUGUCUGCUUCAUGGUCUUCAUUUCCUUGGGAUAAUUGUACCCCCUCCCACUCUUUGCUUGUUUGGAGAUUCAUCCAUAACAAAAUUCCCUCUGACGAGAAUCUCAACUCUUGUGGCUUCUGCUUCCCCUCUAUGUGCUCGCUAUGUAGGAACUCUCCGGAAUCUGCUCAACAUAUCUUCUUUGAUUGUUCCUUUGCUAAACAUCUUUGGAAUUGGUUGUCAACCAAGAUUCAUUGUUUGCCAAUUUCAUCGAUAAGGGAUUAUUUUUCUAUUUUAAAGGCUGGGUGGUCUCCUCAAGCUAGGCUAACUGUUCCCUCUUGCUUCACCACUAUGUUUCAUCAAAUUUGGAAGGCUAGAAACUUGGCUAGAUUCGAGGAUAAGCUAACCUCCUGGGAAUGCUACAGGUCGAUUAUUGCUUCUCAAAUCAAGAUAACAGGCAGUAACAACUCCAAGUUCUCCAAUUCUGACAUGAACAACUUCACUGUUCUUAAAACCUUUGACAUUGGCAUGCACCCUCGGCCUCCUCAAAGGUGUAUUGAGGUUUUUUGGUCUCCUCCUCUCGCGGGCUGGAUCAAGUGCAAUAUCGAUGGCCUCGCGAAAGGUUCUCCUAUGACAAGUUCUUGUGGUGACAUUUUCAGAAAUGAUAUGGCCGGUCAUAUGGGAAGCUUUUGUGCUUAUCUUAACGAGGGAAAUUCUGUUUCGGCGGAAUUGUUGGCUGCUGUUAUAGCUAUUGAGAAAGCUAAGGAGCGAAACUGGUCUAAAUAA